AAACUGUGUAAAUAAUGUAGAAAUGUGUAAAGUAAUGUGAUAGCAAUGGACUUGCUGGAUUUGAGGUAUGAGUUUAUAAAAUCUAAAGAAUUGGAAUUAGAGCAGUUAUUUACCAGGAAUAGGCAUUUCCAUUUUACUCAGUGGGACUUACACCUCUUACUCCUAGGCGUUACCUCAUCCCUACUACUCCUCAGCUUCAUCAUCAAGAAUCUAUUCUUCUCUCUUCAACACUAUUUCAUUCUACUACUACUCAUACAAUUCAGACUCCUACCAGAUCUCUCCACUCUAUACAAUAUUAUUAUCAACAUCUUCAUCAGUUUACUCACCACCAUCACACAUGUCAGUAUUAACUACUGUAAAUUCUCUACCUCUACCAAGCGGGUUACCAUACUAACUGUGUUACUAUUGCUGAGUACAACUACAAACCUAUUGGUUUGGAUGGUAUUGAGUGUUAAACUGGUUAGUGACGUGGAUAGAAUUUUGGAACUGCAUGUAAUUACCUUGAUUGAGUUCUUCUCACUACUGCUGGGCACUCUGUUACUCCUCUCCGCCGUCUUCUUCAUCAUCAAACUAUACUCCAUCUCCUACAUACUCAUUAUUAUUAUCACAUUCUCAUUAUUAUCCAGGUGGAAGUUUCUCAUUCCCCUUGUCAAUAAUAUCAGUAGUAAGAGUAAUAGGAAUAGUGUUAAUAGUAAGAGUAGUAGGGAUAAUAGUAAUAGUGUUAAGAGUGGUAAUAGAUUGGGAGGAGUGAGAGUGUGUUAUUUCCCGGUGGUCCAAAGUUUGGUAACGUGGAUAUUAAUAAUAAUCCUAAUAGUAAUACUAUUUGUAAUAUUAUUCACCAACAAUAGGAUCUCCCUGCUGAAUCAAAAGCCACUACUCCAAUUUAUUAAUCACAACUAUAGUAAUAAAGUAAUUGUCAGGAUAAAGAUAUUAUUGUUUCUUACGGUUUUGGUGUUAUUUCUGUUAUUUGCAGUGUUUUCACUGUUUAUAUAUUACUUCUUCUCGUCCCACGAGUUACUGGGUAGAGUAUUGUACAACAAGGUAAUAUUUCUGUUGAUGACAGAUUUGGGACCUAGAAUAGACCAUAUGCUGAGUAAAAACCCACUCCCACUCAGCACUCAGACCGGGACUUUGCAGCAAAGAAUUUUCUUCCCCACUCACAACUCAGGUAACACAAGUGUGGAUAUUCGUAAUACUAUGGAGAAUAUGGAUAAAGAGGAUAUAGUGGAUAAUAUGGAGGAUAGAGUGGUAAAUUGGGUACUAAGAAUGUAUAAUAUGAAUGUGUAUGAUUAUGUGUAUAAGAUAGAGAGGAUAUAUACGAAGAAAAUGUUAAUGGAUAGGAAUAUGAAUUUCAAUGGGAUACUAAAAAAACUAUCCCUAAAAAGUAACAAGCUACUAAAGAAACUCUCAGACAAAUCCAAACUAUUCAGCAAACUCAACACUGAUACCACGGAUAGUGUAGUCACUGUGUACCCUGUAUAUACAGUGGACACAGUACCCAGUAACAUGUAUGAUAGUCUGGAUGUGGGUAGAAUAUAUUUACAUGUCCAGGAGCGACUGUUGAGGAAUAGGAAGUCGUUAUACUGUUUAUUAAGAAGUUGGUAUCCCCUGGACCUGAUCAAGUCACAACACCAGUCCACAAUACUCAAGUACAAACUACUACAAUAUAUACAACAAUUUUACCAUAUCCGUAAUCUAUUCCAAUCUCUCCAUAGUGAUAAGAGUAAUAAGAGUAAUAAGGUUGACCAUAGAGACACUAGUGAGAUGGUUAAUGAGAUAGUAAAUGAGUUAGUAAAUGAGUUAGAACCAGUUAGGGUUACGGAUAAAUCUCCAGUGGAUAGAUCACCAAUGUAUAGAUCACCAAUGGAUAUAUCAGGGGUGUUGGAUAAAGCGGUGGAGGUCCCUAUGAGUGAUGAAGAAGUUGAUAUCAUCGACACCUUUACAAUCACCAUAGCAUCUGAUACUCAAUCUCCCACACAACACACUAACACUUCUCUUAUAGAGAAUACUGUGAACACUGUGGAUAAUAUGGAGAAUGUGGAUAGUAUGGAGAAUGUGGAUAGUAUGGAGAAAGUGGAGAAUACAGUGGACACAGUGGAGAAUAGGGAGAAUAUGGAGAAAGGGUAUGGUAAGGAACUGAGGAGGAAGAAGAAGAGAAAUGUGAAGUAUUUAACGAGUUUAUUCUCCAGGAAGUUCUCCAAUCUUAAUUCCACAGACUCUCAACACUUCACCGACACAUACCACACAAUUAACAUUACUGAUCAUAGUCACACUGUUAACAAUAGUCACACUGUUAACAAUAGUCACACAGUUAACACUGUAGAUCCUGUUACUGUAGACAAUAGUCACACAGUUAACACUGUAGAUCAUGUUAACACUGUAGAAUUUGUUACUGUGGACCCUGACCCCGUUACGGAAGACCCCGUAACAGUAGACCCAGACUAUGAGUACGAAUAUGUAAUAAUAAAUGCUACGGAAAAUGGCAUGAAGCUGUUCUCCCAACACCCAAUCACUACUACUAACACUAGUAACAGUGUGAACAGUGUGAAACGUAAGCUGAAAUUCCUAAACUAUGCAAAUGGUUAUAAGAGAUUUAUGAAGUUUACUCCAAAGUCUAAUCUCACACACGAUUCCGUAGGCGGUAUUCACACCACAGAUCCAACCAACAACACCACACACUCCACACACUCCAUACACAAUGUAGACAAUGGUAAUACUGUAGACAAUGACAACUCAGUUGACAAUGACACAGUGGAGUUAGAAGAAGACGUAACGUCUGAUGAGGAGAUGACGGAGGAGAAUGUAAAUAACAUCAUGAACGAACUAAUAAAAGAUUUAAACUUACAACUCUAA